CUGACCUCUGUAUUCAACGAAGGCCUACAGACCUGUUACUCUGAUAUAUCCCUUUUCCGGACCUACCGUUUCGGACGACAAUGGCCACGCACGAGCUAAUAGACGCCCAGUUUGAUCGUGCUGUACAAAUCGUCCAGAGUUUACCCAAGACUGGUCCUAUACAGACCGACUAUGAGGAGAAACUUCAAAUCUUGUACAAGCAAGCUACGGUGGGGAACGUCCAACCGCCUCGACCGGGAAUAUUUGAUAUGUUGGGACGAGCAAAAUGGGAUGCGUGGGCCAAACACAAAGACUUGGACUCGUACGAGGCCAAAUGGCUCUAUGUCGAGGCACUCCUCAAGGUCUUGAGGCGGUACUCAGAUAGGACAAUUGCAAGGGACCUCGUUCAGGAGCUGGAGUCUUAUGGUGGCGACCCAUCGAACCUCGUUCUCAGCCACACCUUCUCCAAGUCCCCUGGAUCAGAGACCAGCGGUACAACUGACUCGGAAGUGGGGGACAUGCACACUGGACAGCCCCAGAUUCAUUGGCGACUUGGUCAACCCCAUGCUUCUCAGGACGAAGAGGAAGAAACAGGGUCUGAAGAAGACGAGACAGACGACGAAGCACGAGACCUUCCUCCUUCCAGAACACCCAUCCACUACGACCACAACCGGCCCCAGUCUUCCCACUCUGUACAUCGAUACAGAACACCUGCUGGGUCGUUGCUAAUGGGGACACCGCCGGCCGAGCACCAACGGGUUCCUCAUGCUCAACCCUUACCUGGCUUUGAAACCACCUCAGCCUUUGCAACUCCACCUCCCCCGACUCACGCACCAUUUCCUCACCCACAGCCGCCCUCACACGGAUCAUACCCUGAAACCAUCCGAGAGCGAGAACCUUUACAUUCACCACAAACCACAUACCCAUAUCGCCCUGGGCAAUACGGCCCUUCAAGGCCAGCCUCCCGGCCCACUCUCGAACGAGCUAUCGAGAAUGUGCAAGCACAUCUUGCCGCCCUGAACGAACGUGUUGAGAACGUCGAAACACGCCUCAUCUCUAGGUCGCAUCCUUCUAUUAGCCCUAAGGGAGGCAACUCGCCUCGGUGGUUUGGCGGGGCCGGGUCGCCUGCUGGCGGGCGGGGGCCCCACUGGGAUAUCGAAGAACUUGGAUUGUGGUCUUCAGUUUUGGUGCCCCUAUCCAGAGGGCUUGAACGCGUGCGCGAAUGGGCAGUGUUCUUCGCCAGGGAUGAAAACCGCUCGCCUGCGAUGAUUAUUGUUCGGAGGCUAUGCCUGGACGUUUCGUUCCUCGUGGUAGUCGUCGCUAUAAUCGGUUCGUUAUGGAGAAGGAGUGGGGUGAGGAGACGAGAGAUCCGCGCUGCUCUAGGUGUCCUCUGGAGGGCACUUAUUGGCUCUAAGCCACCGCGAGCAAUGGCAGAGAAGGGUAUCUAG